GUGAGUUCGGUAGUGACCAUUUCCCGCCAACUGAAAGCUUUCACAGCCAUGCAACCUGGCAGGCUGCAGCGUUCCGCGUGUUACAGUAAUAGUAUCACCCAUUUGCUAGUGCUUCAUUGCUGCAGUAUCACAUACCUUCACCUGGCUCUGACUGCAACAGUCUUGUUUACUGUUCGCGCUGGCAUCCAACGAAGCAAGUUUGACAGUGUAAAAUUCAUUGCAGCUGCAGAAGUCAUAUAACCCAACUCGGCCGCAGAAGCGGAAUAAGUUGCAAGCAACCCGAGCAAACACAAUGCCGGAGUCUGGUUCCUAAAGGCUAGUCGGUUCUGCCCGUCUAUAAAGAAUGCGUGCACCAAAGCUUACAGCGGGCGCGGCAGCGGAGGCUCGCGCGUUAGCACAAAUCAGCAAGACUGACCGCCAGUUCCUGUCCGCCUUCCUUUUCAUCAUCGCCUGCACCGCGCUGUUCCUGUGGAUACACCACAACAGCAUGGAGACGAUCUUCGUGUCCGUGGCCUCCUACCGCGACGGCGAGUGUGUGGACACGCUGGUGGACCUGUUCCGCAAGGCCGCCCGCCCCGAGCUGGUGUACGUGGGCGUGGUCACCUUCACGGCCGCUGGCGACACCAGCUCCGGCGAGCGCUGCGAGGCGCCGCAGCUGGAGCCGUACGAGCAGAACAUACGGCGCAUCAACAUGAACCACACGCUCAGCCGGGGGCUGUCCAUGGCGCGCCACCACGCCGCCAAGCUGCACCGGGACCAGAAGUACCUGCUGCAGAUCGACGCGCACAUGACGUUCGCUGCGGGCUGGGAUGCGGAGCUGCUGCGUAUGAUCAAGUCCGUGCCGUCCAAGAAGCCCCUCAUCACUACGUACCCCGCCUCGGACGAGGACACCAGCAGCACGGACGUGCCGGUCACCUGCCGCGCCACGUGGCUGACGGGCGAGGGCGAGGAGGGCGUGCUGAGGCUGGCGGCGGCGCUGGAGCCGGCGCCGCAGCCGGGGGAGUUCCUGCCGGUGCCCUUCGCCGCGGGCGCCUUCCUGUUCGGGCCGGCGGCGGUGCUGCACGAGGUGCCGCACGACCCCGGCCUAUCCUACCUGUUCCACGGGGAGGAGGAGCUGUACAGCGCCCGGCUGUGGACGUCCGGGUGGGACCUGUACACGCCGGACAUGAAUGUGCUGUACCACAACUACGCACGCGGCGGCUCCCACUCCGCGUCUAGCAGGUACGGCAACAAGUACUGGCGGGACCUGAUGGCGCGGCCCGAGUACAGCGACAGCAGGCGGGACAGCCUGCGCAAGGUGGCCCAGCUCAUGUCGGGCAGCUACACGGGCCCCGACACACAGUACGGCAUGGGCAGUGCCCGGCCGCUGGCGGACUGGUGGGCGUACGCGGGGCUGGAUCCCACGGACACGCACACGGGCGCCGACGGAUCCAAGUUCUGCGAGUCGUUGCGGUACGGCACCGCCGGCGUAAAGCUGCUGUCCGGCGAGGACGAGCCGCAGCAGCAGCAGCCGGAGGAGGCGGAGGAGGCGGCAGAGGGCGCGUCAGGGGGGUCGGAGGGAUCGGAUUUGAGCGGGGCGGCAAGGGCGAGCCACACACAGCGUACACAUGACAAGCACGGCACUAAGCGGAGAGCUACAGGUCGCCAUGACAGGAGCAGAGGCGGCAGUGGCUCGGGCGGCAGCUCAGGCAGCGAGCGGACGCUGGCCAAGGGGCGCCAGGCGGUUGCGGGGGCACAGGCCGUGUACGACCGGCAGCGGGCGGCGGCGGGCGGUGACAGGGGCCCGUAGGUGGAGGCAUGCAUGUGCGAGGGCGUCUGUGACCUCCCUGUGGUGAUUGGGAGCUAGCUUCCAGUGAUCUUGCUGAGGCAAUUGGUAUUCGUUGCUGGCGUAACGUCAUGGCAUUAAUAGGGACUCGUAAGUGCAUUGUGAUUACGGUAGCAUGUGAAAGAGGGCACAGCCGUCGGAGCAUCGGGGCCUUCGACCUGAUGGGCCGUGGGUGAUCAGGGUAUGACAGGAUUCCUGGGUUCGUUUGUGCUGCGCCAAGGAACUUGAAGGUCAUGAGGAAUUGCGGAAGUGGUCAGAGCAGAGGGGACUCAGACUCGGGGAGAAAGGGCGGGAGGGGGGCUGGGCACGGAUGAACUCGAUGAAGUUACAUCGAUUGCUUCCGAGACAGAUCGCAUCACCGUAUGCCAAGUCUUGCAAUUUUCCCGUUUGCU